AUUCAUCCAACACGUUAGCACAAGUAGCAACUAACUUUGCGUUCCUCAGCAUAAAAAUAUAACUUUGCUCAAAAGUAGGUGAAGUGCAGUAGCACUAGAUAGCUAAACAGUACGUAGUGAUAAACAAGCAAACAUAUUGAUGAUAUGGCAUCCAUGGAAGACAUCAACAUGAGUGGGGAAAUUGCACUUCCUGGCUUCCGAUUUCACCCCACAGAAGAAGAACUCCUCAAUUUCUAUCUUAAAAACAUGGUUGUUGGCAAGAAACAUCGUUUUGAUGUCAUUGGUUUCCUCAACAUCUAUCAUCAUGAUCCUUGGGACUUGCCUGGUCUAUCAAAGGUUGGGGAAAGAGAAUGGUACUUCUUUGUGCCAAGGGACAAAAAGCAUGGGAGUGGGGGAAGGCCUAACCGCACCACAGAAAAGGGGUUCUGGAAAGCCACCGGUUCAGACCGGAAAAUUGUGACCUUAUCUGAUCCCAAGCGCAUCAUUGGGUUAAGGAAGACCUUAGUUUUCUAUGAGGGAAGAGCUCCACGGGGAUGCAAGACCGAUUGGGUCAUGAAUGAGUACCGUUUACCUGACAAUUGCAAAUUACCAAAGGACACUGUGUUAUGCAAGAUAUAUAGAAAGGCAACUUCGUUGAAGGUGCUAGAGCAAAGGGCAGCAAUUGAGGAAGAAAUGAAGCAAAUGGUGGGUUCCCCUGCGUCCCCUCCUUCCUCUACGGACACCAUGUCCUUUAAUAGCCCUCAGGAAGACCAAAACGUGCCCUUGCCCAUGUUGCAACAUGUCGUUCUUAAGAAAGAGUCGGAAACUGAAACUGAAGAAAUGGCUUAUGUCUCAGUGCCAAAGCAAGAAAAAUUAAGGACCCAAUUGCCUCUCAAAGAUAACAAAACGACUUGUGGCACAUCACUGCAAUUGCCCUUAGGGAGGGACAAGCUGCCCGAACUGCAACUACCCAUUUUCCCAGACUGGACUCAAGAUACCUUUUGGGCUCAAUUGAACAGUCCUUGGCUCCCAAACUUGACUCCUUACUCCAACAUCAUAAAUUUCUGACUCCGUUUAUCAUUGAUCAAGUGUUGUCAACUACAACCUAGUUAUUACCUGUUUAAUUUGGAAUGUAUAUGCAGUUAAUUAAUUAAUAACGUAUUUACAUUAGCUCAAUUAAUUAGACAUCUUUUCGUGUAUCUAGUAAUGUUUUGCUCAACUUCUGCCUAGCUGGAAUUUGUUGUCAACCCUUACACCGCCCCUUAAUGAUGUUUCCCUCUCUCAAUUAAUGUCCAAGGAGUAGCUUUCAUCUGUAGAUGUAAUUAGGCAACUUCACUCUUCACUUUCUGGGAUUUGUUUUAAUUUUUUUUAAUGUGUCCAGUCAAUAAACAGUAAAUUUUAAUUAAAAAUUAUAAUAUUUAAUGUUAUAAUACAUUGAACUGUGUGAUCUUUUGUUAUUUUUAACCAAAAAAAUUAAUAUACAUAAGUUGUUAUCGUGUGUUACUUGACACAUUAUAAGAAAUAAAAAAGCAUUGUUUCAAAG